UCACCAACUUCCUUUUAAGAUCAAUUGCUUCCAAAAUUUGGAUCCUAACUCUACUUUGCAGAAAAUUCUUGUACAAGGAAAUUGAAAGAAGAUCGAGAGAAGGUAAAAAGAUCAACGAUGGCAAAAAGAACAGUGUUUUUGGCACUGUGGCUGGCUGCAGUAACACCCUUGUGUUGGGGCUGGGGCUGGGGUGAGGAGGCGAUGGAAAAUGCUAAAGAAAGAACCAAUUUGGCUACUGGAAAUAUUAAGAUCAAGGCCGAAGAGGCCAAGCAAAGUGCUUCGGAGGCCAUGCAAGAUGCCAAGGACAAGACUGACUCUUGGGCUGAUUGGGCUCUUGGCAAGUUCUCUGAGGGGUUUGGGUUGGAUGAGGAUAACACGAAAGAUACAGUUCAAAGAAUGGCAGAUAAAGCCAAGGAUGCUGCAUCAAAGUCCACAGAUGCCAUGAAUUCUGCAGCCGAAGAGACAUCAAAGUAUGCUUCUCAAAAGGCAGGUGACAUGGCAGAUAGCGCUUAUGAGAAAAUGAGAGAUGCUAAAAACUUUGCUUCAGAGAAGGCCGAUCAAACUAGGCACAUGGCAUCUGAUAAGGCUUCUAAUGCCCAAGAAAUGGCAGGUGAUGCCAAAGAUUUAGGGAAAGAAAGAGCUUAUGAUGCCUACAAUAUUGCCUCUGAUAAGGCCGGUGAAGCCAUGAACGUGGCUUCAGAUAUUGCCCAUGAAGCAAAAGGGAGAGGAAAGGAAAAAAUGCUCGAUGCAUAUGAUUUUUCUGCAGAGAAAGUGGGUAAUGCCAUGAAUAAAGCUUCAGAAAUGGGUAGUGAAGCCAAAGAGGCAGCUACAGAUAAAGCUUACAAUGCCUAUGCUUAUGCCUCCGAUAAAGCUGGUGAUGCAAUGAAUAAAAUGUCAGACAUGGUAGGCAAUGCCAAGGAAAUUGGGAAAGAUAAAGCACAGAAUGCUUAUUCUUACAACUCUGAUAAGAUAGGUCAGGCCAUGGAUGAGGCUUCAGUGGCUACGAGCACCAAAGAGAAGCUGAAAGAUAAAGCAUCAGACAAGGCGAACGAUGGCAAAGAGGCAAUGCAUAAUGCAAUGGGGAGCAUGAAAGAUGAAGUCGUGGGUCGUUAUGAAGGUGCCAAGUCAAAGGUUCACGACACCUAUCUAAAUGCCAAGGAUACCAUGACUAAGGAUGCAAAGGGAAGCUAUGAAGCUGCCAAAGAGAAGGCCUCACAAGCGACAGGUGAUAUAGGAGAACUAAUGAGGAGUGAAACUGCAGAGCUGUAGAGCAGUUUGCAACAUAUUUUCUUGAAGAACGUUUAGCACGGCUACUCUUCUAAGUAACACAUGCUUUACUAGUUUGUUUAUAUCCAAUCAGGUUUAUUCGAGCAUGUUUAGGUGAAAAUCUCCUCUCCCUUUUUAUCUUCUAACUUUUCAUUCCUUAGAUAGCUAUGUGCUAAAGCAGCUUUAAGCACUGGUAUGCAAUUUUUUUUUUCAUC